AUGGGCGGGGCGCGGCGGUGGGCGGCGCGCCGCGCCCCAUAAAAGCGGCGCGAGUGCGGGGCCGCGCAGCACAGCGCCACCAUGUCGCCUCUCGCGUUGCUCCUGGGCCUGCUGGCGGCGGCGCGCGCGCAGUACGACCCGCACAACGACCCCGACCGCCAGGCGAUGGUACACCUGUUCGAAUGGAAGUUCAGCGACAUUGCCGACGAGUGCGAGCGCUUCCUCGGUCCCAAGGGCUACGCCGGCGUGCAGAUCUCGCCGCCGCAUGAGUGCAUCAUAGGCGGCGGCCGACCUUGGUGGGAGCGCUACCAGCCCGUCUCCUACCAGCUGGUGUCGCGCUCCGGCAGCGAGGACGAGAUGCGCGACAUGGUAGCGCGCUGCAACGCCGUCGGCGUGCGCAUCUACGUGGACGUGGUGGUCAACCACAUGACGGGCGGCGGCAGCGGCAGCGGCACCGGCGGCUCGCACUACGACACCAACGGCGAGCAGUACCCGGGCGUGCCGUACGGGCACAACGACUUCAACGACAACAAUUGCCACAGCCCCGACGGCAACAUCGACAACUACCAGGACGCCAACCAGGUGCGCAACUGCCGACUGAGCGGGCUGCGCGACCUCAACCAGGGCACCGACUACGUGCGCGGUAAGAUCCGCGAGUACCUCAACCACCUGCUCUCCCUGGGCGUGGCGGGCUUCCGGAUGGACGCCGCCAAGCACAUGUGGCCAGGCGACCUGCAGGCGAUCUUCAGCAGCCUGCGCGUCAGCGCCGACCCCAAGCACCGCUUCGAUCUGUCGGUGAACGACGGCCGGCCGUUCAUUGUCAUGGAGGUGAUCGACCACGGCGGCGAGCCGAUCAAGAACACCGACUACACCGGCCUGGGCCGCGUCACCGAGUUCCACCACUGCGACCACAUCAACCGCAUCUUCCGGCGCCGCGACAAGCUGGCGGCCACCAGCAACUGGGGCACCGGCUGGGGCAUGCUGCCCGACAACCAGGCGCUGGUGUUCGUCGACAACCACGACAACCAGCGCGACGCCGGCGGCACCGUCAUCACCUACAAAGAGUCGCGCCUCUAUAAGAUGGCGCAGGCGUUCGUCAUGGCGCAGCCGUACGCCUUCCCGCGCAUCAUGAGCAGCUACGCGUUCGACUCGCACGACCAGGGCCCGCCCUCCGACGGCAACGGCAACAUCGUCGGCCCGACCAUCAACGCCGACGGCACGUGCGGUGGCGGCUGGGUGUGCGAGCACCGCUGGCGUCAGAUCUACAACAUGGUCGCCUUCCGGGACGCGGCCGUCGGCGCCGGCGUCUCCGACUGGUGGAGCAACAGCGACCAGCAGAUCGCGUUCGCACGCAAGGGCAAGGCCUUCAUCGCCAUCAACAACCAGGGCUCGGACAUGAACCAGUCGCUGCAGACCUCGCUGCCGGCCGGCUCCUACUGCGACGUCAUCUCCGGCAACAAGGACGGCAGCGGCUGCACCGGCAAGACCAUCACCGUCGGCUGCGACGGCAAGGCCAACAUCAGCAUCGGCGGCGGCGACGAGGACCCUAUGGUGGCCAUCCAUGUGAACGCUAAGCUCUGAGCCGGCGUGGGCCGCGUUCGCGUCCCCGUCGCGGGGGACACGCUGGGGAUCGAGCUGCUCUGUCCGCAGCCGACCGGGUGCAGCGUCUCGCAGCCCACAGCGUAUGAAUGUAGUCGUAAUCCGAAUAAACGCCUUGA